AUGAGAAUGAAGAAGAGGCGCCCUCCGCCCCCACUCUGCCUCCGCCGCCCCGUUGGUCACGUGGACCCGGCAAGGGACGACUUCGAGGAGGCCCCGGGAACUCCAAGAAAAGGAGAAAGGCCUCCCUACCCAAAUGCAAAAUGGCCGCCCCGGCGACGAAGACGACGACUGCUUCGGCGCCCACCCUGCCCGCCUUUGCCAGGAUCCAAAAUGGCCGCAGGGAGUGUCGACCCAGGGCAAGUGAGUGGCUCUCUUCGGGCCCCACCUAGAGGGUGGGUGGAGUCCCGUGCGCUCGGCGCAGGCGCGGUAAGGCCACUCCCCAUCCCGGAAGUGACGGUUGAUGGCGGAAGGCCGUUGGUGCCGCGGGAAUUGAAAGUUGAGGAGUGUAGUGGUAGACUACCUGAUACCAUGGGACCUGAAAAAGAAACCAGUGAAGAAAGUGUGAUUUUGAUUAGUGAUGAUGAAACAGACACUGAAACUACCUUAGGGAAUACCAUUGUGGUGAUUGAACCUUCUGAAAACCUUGAUUUGGAAGAGAAGAAAUCUGAAGAAAUUGUGGAUGAGGAAUCUGGACUAGUAGUUACCUUCUGUAAAAAAGGGAUGGUGAUGCCACAUGCAAGACAUGACUGUAUGACGCACCCUUUUGAACGAACAGAGAGUGAGACAUGUAUUCCUGUUAAGCAAAAUUCAAAUAUAUGUGGUCAGUGCUACUGCUAUGUUUGUGAUAAACUGGCAUCAGAGUGUCAGUAUUGGACGACUUCUUCCUCUUGUCAUUGCAAUGCCCACAAUAAAAGUAAAUUUUGGAAGGAUCAGCGAAAUUUUACUUUGACUGGUGUUCUCGUAAUUUUUAACCUGGAACCCACAGAGAUAGACACAGAUCUCCGUCGUGGGGGAGAGCUUUUGUUUAAAUUUCUUCGAGAACUUUCUAUCCAGUAUAACAACUUUCUUUCUGGAGAGAUUGUUCUGAGUCUUCAGGACUGUAUGUGUCCCUCAAAACAGGCACCUGGCCAAUGCAGUGUCUGCAGCCGGCUUCAAAAUGAGGUUAUAUAUAGGUAUUCAGAUGUUUUCAAUUUAGUAUCUUCAUUUAUAAAUAAAGCAGAAAAAGAGAAGCCUAAAACUGCUGCUGUGAUGUUGUUGGGAGUAGCCAGGGAAAUAGCACUUCACAAGGACCCUACUCAAUCCUGUCAAAAUCUUGGACCAUCUGAGUCUUUGAAAUUGGCUGUACCUUUUCUCAUGUCAAGGAUUACCAAAAACCUCCAAAGGAUGCUUGUGCUCAGUGACUUCCCCAAAAAACUUUAUGAAAAAUUCAUUAGCUUUUUCCAGACCAUUCCUCUUCCCCCUUACUGUUUUAAGUUUACAAAUUGCCUGAAUGUUGUAUCAUGGGAUCACAGAUUACUAACCACGGUUUUAAAAGGCCAGAACAUUACUGGUGAACAAAAAAAGAAUGGGAAGAAGGAAUUCCUCUGGGAAGUUCUUACGGUGAUAAAGGCUAGAACUGAAAAAAUGGAGAAUAUGGGACAGUACAAAGAACUAGUUCGCUAUUUGAGAGCAGUAAAGUGUAAUGAAGGUGUUGGGUUAAAGGCUCUUAGAGACAAGAUUCCUUUAUACUUGUGCAAAAGUGGCGAUUUCACUAGUGCUGCAUACUCGUUACUACUUCCCAUCAACAACCUAGCAUGCUGCACGGCCUGCCGGCUUUCACCCUUGCAGUUUGAGAGCUACCUGAAAAUGUUCUGGACAGGAAGCAUCCCUUCAGGGAAAGACUUCCAGGAUUCUGAGAUGUGGAUUUUGAACGUAGGUUCUCCUGUAAAAUGUUCUGUUCUAAUUAAGCAGGCCCUCCGAGUACUCUACAACAAUCAGUCCUUGUACAGAAAUUCAAGAUGCUGGAGUGCACUCAUCACGAUUUUGGGCAGUAGUCCUAUUUUGGAACAGAAUGGCCUCCUAACUACUCUCACACUGAGAGAACCAUCACCUUCCUUCAGACAGAUGGUGUGGGACGUGUCCUUUGGCAUUUUAGAAGAAUUGAAACUGAAAGUCAAUGUUACUUUGCCUUCAGAAGUAUUUUAUGGUUCUCUUGGUUUUACUUGGAUGUGGAGGCAGAAGACAUGGGUUUUUGUUGCCUCCCAGCUAAACCUUGAGGCCUGCUUUCUUCUCACCAUUCAAGCUGCCCUUCAGAUGGUGCUAACUGACUUUCCAUGGUUGACUUCUUUUCUUGAAAUAAUAUUAGCUUUUGGGAAAAAUUUCUGGGCACUAAAGCUAUUUUUGGAAGGCCUCUUGUACCAAAUGCCUGUUCUUCAUGAUGUUGUCAGUAUGAUUGCCAGAGAUCUGAGUUACCAGAAACACACUCUGCUAAAAUUGUGGCAAACCCUGGGUCCAGACUAUGUUGGGGAGCUACUCUGCCUUUUCCUGAGCUUCAGGAAUUCACAGUUGCAGUCUGUUGGCAUCUUUCUAUCACAUGUGAUAAUAGAAAACUUAAAUCAGUGUCCUUGGGCAAAGUCACUUGAUGUUUUUCGUCUCAAAGCUUUCAAAAGACCUCAUCUUGAGACUGCAAAUCAUCUUCAGUUGAACAAAUUUGUAUCUAUUUUGGAGAAUUUGUAACUGUAUUUCCUAAAUCAUUUCUCUUGGGAAUUUGUCACAGCUCACUGCCAGACACCUACAAGCCUACCAUUACUGCUUCGUGUUCAGAAUUUCCUCUUUUUGUAUUUUGAUGUCUUGGUAGUAAGACUCCCGAUUGCCAAACUUAAUGGCCUGUGUUUUUAUUCACCUGCGAUUACAUUCUGAAUUGAGGGAAGUGGGGAAGAGUGCCUCAUAGAAAACAAACCAGUUGGGAUGUCUCAGUUAUGUAGGGACAAUUGUUUACCUUCACCCUACCCAGUUUUGCCCCUUCCAGGGUUUGGACAGUUAUAAAAUAUCUAAGUUGUCAUCUGACAAAGCAGGCAUCCCCUGCCAUGAAGAUUACUCUCUCUUGCGAGUAUGGUUUGAGUUAGCUGUGUUCGUACAGAAAAUAACAUUAAGAAGGGUAGCAGGCCCAUGGGGGAAAAAAGGGACUCAGGUAGUUCCCCUUCUGGGUUAAUUUUCUUUUAACCUUCAAUCAGAAAUCACAGGUAUGGCCUUUGACCUAAUAUUUAAAGAUCCAUGUUUCCCCUUUAAAUAUUUAAACAAAACUGUAGUACCAUAGGUUUUAUAAAGGUAGAUCUGAGUAAAUACUCUAGAUUUUCAAACCUGUUUUUUUUUUUUUUGUUUUAGUUAGAGUUGCCUAAAAGGAGGGGAGUUCAGAAUUUCUCACUUUGCUGCUGUCAUACGUAAAUUGUCAGUAACCAGGUUCUUAAUGAUUUGCAUUAACAUUUACCAUUUAUGUUCUAAUUCAUAAAAAUGGUAACAGAAGUGUAUCUUGGCUUGUGUCAUUUGUCCAGCCUCUGA